AGGAGCGGAACCCGUCUGAUCACGCGCCUGUUUUCGUUCUGCCCUCACGCACAGUCACCCCCUUCCCCCUAAAAAAAGGCCGGCAAUUCGUAGCUUUCUUCCCCUUCUGGGCGUAGCCGGCUACCGUGCCCGGUAAAAGAAGAAAAGGAGUUCCGAACAUCAUUUGUUCGCCGUGGCGCUUUUCGUCUGCUACGGUGCUGAUUCUUUUUCCUUAUCGAACCGCCAAGGGGCUCUCUACUGGGCCGUUCAAAAUUAUUUAUAGUCCUCUACACCAACGCACAGCAGCACGCAAACCAAAAAUGUCGUCGAUGGACUCGAUGCGCCUGCAGGGGCUGAUCCGCAUGAUUCGCCAGUGCAAGACGACCGAGGAGGAACGCGCUAGCGUGAAGAUCGCGAGCGCGCAGCUGCGCAAAGGGUUUGAGGAGGCCACCCCGUACAUCCGAGUGCGCUACAUGCUGAUGCUGCUGUACAUCCGCAUGCUGGGGUACCCCACCGAGUUUGGGCACAUGGAGGUGCUGAAGCUGCUUUCGCAGACCGAUUUCUCUGGCGUGCGCACUGGCUACCUGGCUCUGCAGCUCCUCUUUAGCGAGGGCGACGAGGUCCUGACGUUGGUGGAGAACCGGAUGAUUGCGCACCUGAGCAUCAGCGGCGCACGUCGUGGCGUCUCAUACGAACAGCUGUGCCUUGUUGGCGUGUCGUUGAAUGCAGUGGCCAACAUUGCCAGCGAGGAUAUGUGCCGCGACCUUCUAGAUUCCAUUCUUCGGGUCUUCAAAAACUCGCCCGUUCAACUGCGAAACAAAGCGGCGCUCGCGGCGCUGCGUGUGGUGCGGAAAGCGCCGGACCAAGCCGGCUACAUCCUGGAGCAGUGCACCGACCUCUUCGACGCCAGCACCGAUACGCUGAUGUGUGUGCUGGCGCUCGUCAUUGAGUGCUUGCAGAUGGAGACAGGCGCUGCCAUGCUGGGACAGUUCCGCCGACUCGCGGUGAGUGCGGUGCGCGCGCUGAAAGGCCUCGUCCUCUCCUCGCGCAUCACCGAUGAGGACGUUGGCGGCAUCACCGACCCUUUUCUUCAAAUUAAGCUCCUGCACUUUAUGCGCGUCAUCGGCACCGGCAGCGAGGCGACUUCCGAGGCCCUCAACGACGUAUUGGCGCAGGUCAUCACGAACACCGACGCCACCCGCAACGUCGGCAGCGCCGUGUUGUACGAGUGCGUGCGCACCAUCAACGCCAUAGAGAGCGACGAGGGGCUGCGCACGCUUGCCGUGAACACUAUCAGUCGCUUCCUCUCCUCGGUGAAGGACAACAACCUCCGCUUCGUUGCGCUUGAGACGCUGUUGACGUACGCGAGCAAAGACUUCGACGCCGUGGUGCAGCACCAAACAGUCAUCCUAGAGUGCCUGCGCGACCCCGACCUCACGAUUCGCCGCCGCGCGCUGGACCUCACCGUGACGCUGAUUACGGUGAGCAACGUCCGCCUCCUCGUGCCAGACCUCAUCACGUACAUGACGCUCUGCGCGGAGGAGAUGAAGGGCGACGUCGCGCAGCACAUCUGCGACGUCAUCGAGGGCCACUAUCCGACCGACGAGUGGCGCGUCGACUUCUCCAUUCGCCUGCUCAAAGUGGCGAAGCAGUUUGCACCGAUGGACUUUGCUCGCCGCCUGAUCGCCGUCAUGUCGAACCAAACCGACGAGAUCAAGACGCGCGCGGUGCAGUCGCUCUGGGAGGAGGCGUCGUACCCUUUUGAUGCCUUGCACCAGUCACGCAAAGCCUUCCUGAUGGUGGCGCUGUGGUGCAUCGGCGAGUACGUCGACCUGCUGCUGGGCUCUGUGAAGGGGCUCAAGGGGGGUGACGUGGCGACGUGUCUGAGCGACCUCACGACAAACACGAACUACACGGUCAUUAAGCAAUACGGCCUCACCGCCCUGAUGAAGGUGGCGGCGAAAUGCCCCGAUGCGAAGGAGCAGGCCCUCGCCACCUUUGCAAGCAACAUGACGAGCAUGGACUGCGAGCUGCAGCAACGCGCGUGCGAGUACACGACGCUGCUGUCCGACUUUCCGGAGGAGUCUGUCUUCAGUUUUAGCCGCAUGCCCGCCAUCCGCCCCGAGACAGACGCGGUGAAGCCGGUGGAGGUGGUCUCGCUCACGCAGGAGCAGCUGCACCAGGAGACCGCCAGUACGCUCGAUGACCUCUUCAACUUCGAGGGUGCCAGCAAACCGCCUCCGUCCAGCGUGGACACGGCUAGCCAGCCGCCGGCGUCGCCUCUGCAGUUCGGCUCAACUGGAAGCACAAACUCGUCGCCCUUGCAACCGCAACAAGAGCAAGAGAAGCAGGCUUCUGGCUCUGCGAAUACGCUCGGCGACAUCUUUGGUGGCAGCGCUGGCUCGGCUUCCGGCUCACCGUUGAUGGGCGGGUCGCCGGCUGACCCGGUUUCUCCAAAAGCGGGGGCGAACACCGUGUCGGGCGUCCCUGUGUGCACCUGCGCCGACUUCAAGGUGCUGCUCUCGGCGCGGAUGGAGGGUACGCACAUCACGGCAGACCUCGUGGUGCAGUCGAACCUGAGUGCGUUGAUCGAGGAGCUCAUCUUUAGCGUCGCCGUGCUGCGUAUAUGCACCGUGGAGGUCGCACCGCUGCCGAGCACGCUUCUGCCGUUUGGCACCGCCACGCAGCACCUGGUGGUGGACAACACGCAGAACACGGCCCACCCACGCACCCUGACACUGCGCGUGAAGGUGUCGUACGCGGUUAACGGGGAGCCGCGAGAGCAGAGGUUCCAAGUUGCUCAAGAGAUGUAA